UGACCAAGUGAAGAAACCUUACACCCACUCACUGCCUGGAAGCCAUUGAGAUAAUUGCAAAAACUAACCUUGAAGAAGAAAACUAGUUUCGAAGAAUAAGAAACGGUGAUCAGUCUCAAGAUCAAGGGGAAGAAGUAAUAAGAGAACUCAAAAAUACUGAGGAGAAGCCGAAAACUUCAAGGGAAAUGUCCAUCCUAACCCAUUUGAACCAGUCAAUGAAGCACCUCCAUUUUCAAGACUUGAGAUUGAUAAAGAAACCACACUUCUUCAAUAUAUAGCACAAAAUUUGGAUCAAACAAUUUAGAUACACAAGCAGAACAAGAGAGAGAUGGGUGUAGUUGGUUGCAACAAUGAUGGGUACCUGAAUGAUGCCAAGUACAGCGAGCCCUUGCCAUGGAUUGGAAUCUACAUAGCUGCAGCCUCUUUGGUCUGCCUCUUAGCGAUGGCUGCUGAUCUCAUCCACGGCAUCCUCCACAGAAAAUUCUGGUUUCCCUGUAAGUUCUUCACUCUUAACUCCACUUCCCUAACCCUGAUAGCUGUGGCAAUCAAGCUUUCUGUGGAUCUCAACACCUCCAUGCCUGGCAGAGAGGAUCAGCUUGCAAAGCUAAGUAGUGCUGUGUUGAUGUGCACCAUCAUGGCUAAUUGUAUGCCUUCUCUUGGGUCUAUGGAAAAUCAAGAAAUUUUUAUGAAUGUUAUGGCUCUAGGGAUUCUUGUUAUUACCCUCAUCGUAAACGUCGGUAUGGAGAUGGGUACUGGAGUGGUCUACGUUUAUAUGAAAGAGCACGUUUCCGUUCUAAUCUUGAUGCUUGUUUUACUGGGUAUCUUGAGUUUGUCUGCUUCGGUUGUUCCAUCAACUAAGAGCUACCUGGAAAUGAAGUAUGGCGUAAGACAUGAAUUAGCAUCAAAAGAGUGUGCAGCAAAUGGAAAAGGAGACAAACUAGUCAUCGAAAGACUCAAAGUGGGUUUGAUGAAAUAUUGGAUGAUGGCUCAAACAACCAGUCCCCAGUUUGUGAUGGGCCGAUCCGCCACAUGUACUGCUUCUGGGGCGAUCAGUCUUCUUAGCGCUGCAAUUUUAGCAGAGGCUAUUCUUACAUCCUACUUGAUGAAGAGAUCAUUUAAGUUCUGCAACGGCCAGUCUGAUUAUAAGUGGUCAAUCACUUUUAUCCUCGUGAUACAGUGUGUAGCAGUUGUAGUAGGGACUGUCGCCCCGGCAAUCAGAUGGUUUACAGCUAUAAAAUUCAGGUGUCCAAACCUGAGAAAUGGGGGUUACAAGAAGGAAUUCAAAUUAGAAUACUAUUGGAUUCGAUAUCUAGUAGAGAUGAAAGAGUCUCCAUUAACUAUCAGAGUUAAAAAUAGAGGAUGCAGAAAGCUUGCUCAUAAUGCAAGAAACACGUUUCUGGAUGCAUGUAUCAUCCUACAAACGGUAAUAGUGUUUAUAAGCAAAGUGAUUCGGCUUAUUUCCAUUUUCUUUUUCAGAGGAAUCUUCUCAUGCUGCGACUGUUUCAAGAGUUUGAAAAACAAGCUGUGGUUUAACAGCACCAUUUCUCUCAGCAAUUCAGGGUCAGAAGAUGAUGCUGAUUCAAAGCUAGAUCUAAGUCGUUUCGUUCUGUAUCUUGAAGGUGAAGAUGAUCUAGUUCACGUGAUGGUAACAAACAAUUAUCAUGCCGUACAUCAUUGGAUUCAGAAAGGGCAGAAGAAAAAACCUAAGAUUCUCAUUCACCUAUUGGAAGGAACGAUCAUAUCACAAGGUUUCAAGGGAGUGGCAGAGUUUGAUAACCAUCAAGUUCCAUGUCUAGAUUCCAAAGAGCCCCCGAAUUGCUGGGCGCUUCCUGUGGUGACAUUAACAGCCAUAGCAAUUUCUCUUCCAAACAUAAGACGUCAUUUAAUCAAACACUUGGUGACCGCAGUAAAUGAAGGUCUCCGCUACAUAAGACGCAUCGAAGAUUGCUUCGACACGGAAGGGAAUUUCAUAAACCUAAAAAAGGCAGCAGAAAUGGUUUGGCUAGGAAUGGAUCUCAACAAUCAAUGGCUAGGCAUAGACCUCCACAAAAUUUCACAUCAUAAAGAAACCCCAAACGAAGUUUUCCAACAAUUUUCAGAUGAAGCAAAGAAAAUUUACACAGAGGAGAAGACUACUAAUGAACAUCUAUGCUUGAAACUAAGUACUUCAAAAUGGCCAAUCAAGAUAUUGGCUGCGAACUGUAUGUACAGGAUAAGCGAAUCGAUGCUGCUAAAGUACGAAAAGAAAUACCGGUAUACAAACGAACAAUUGUUCUUAGAAAUGGAAGCCACGAUUUCUGGCAUAAUGGGAGCAUGCUUGACGAAUUUGGAGAAAGUGAUAUCAACAAAAUGUGCAAACUUUGUGAUUGAGAAACGAGAGAAGAGCGUGAGAGAAGCUGCUUACAUUCUUGGGAAAACAGGGAGGAUUUUGGAUGUCAUAGAAAAGACGGCGCUUCCACCACUUGAUAAAUAUCAAAUGAGGAGCAUUGAUGAAUGGCGAUUGGCUUACAAGCUGGAGAUGUAGCAUUUGAGGAAGGUGAAAUUGAGAGGAGUUGAAGCAAUGCAACAUUGAUGGAUGAAAGGACUACAGAGAUUGAGAUGCAAGUAGAAGAAGAAAGGGUAGAAGGAUAUUAAACAUGUUGUUGUAAAGUUUGAAUCAUUCCAGAUCGGUGACACACCAUUUGCCAUCGUGUCUACGGGAAGUGUGUGGUUACUCACAGUUUGGCUUGUCCAAAGCGUAGCUGUCCCAACUUGAAGCCUAUGACGAUGUGAAGCACCUCUCAAUUUCAAACCAUUCCUACUUGCUCAUUUAAAUGUGUUCCCUCUGCAUUUCUAGUGGGUUCAUUAUACUCCUUCAUUCUGUAUAAACCUUUAAGGGAAAAAAAAAAAAAAGAACAAGAAUGGAUCUGUCCAAAGAAACAACCAACUAAAUCUUCACUACUUCUUUAGUUUCAUUGUCUAAGAAACAAACAUGAAAAACGGAAGAUCUCAAUCAAAUUCUAGUCAUCUACUGGACAUAGCACAAUGGAGGCUCGAUUGAGAAUUCGAAAUUGGAGGAUGAAGAACAAAUAAUUAACAAUUGAUUAUUUUUAUUCUCACUAA